AUGUUUAAAAUCUAUCUAUCUAUCUAUCUAUCUAUCUAUCUAUCUAUCUAUCUAUCUAUCUAUUAUAGCAACAGUACUAUCUAUCUAUUAUGUUGCCAUAUGCAAACAAAUGCGAACUCCGUCGUUUUUGUUUUUCUUUCUUUCUUUCUUUUUUCUUAUUCUUUCUUUUUUCUUAUUCUUUCUUUCUUUUUCUUCUUCUAUCCUUUUAGUUUUUCUUUCCCUUUCCUUUUUCUUUAUUUUUCCUUAAUGUUUCUUUUUCUUUCUUUCUUUCUUUCUUUCUUUCUUUCUUUCUUUCUUUCUUUCUUUCUUUCUUUCUUUUUCUUCUUUUCUUUAUUUUUUCUUUCCUUUUCCUUUUUCUUUAUUUUUCUUAAAUGCGCUAGCUUUUUUUUUCUUCUUUUCUUCAUUUUUCUUUCUUUUUUUUGUUUUUCUUUCUUUUUUGUUUUUUUCUUUUUCUUCUUUCUUUCUUUCUUCUUUUUUCUUUUCUUCAUUUUUCUUUCUUUUUUUGUUUUUCUUUCUUUUUUGUUUUUUCUUUUUCUUCUUUUUUUCUUUCUUCUUUUUUCUUUUCUUCAUUUUUCUUUCUUUUUUUGUUUUUUCUUUUUGUUUUUUUUUUUUUCUUCUUUUCUUCUUUCUUCUUUUUUUUUUUUCAUUUUUUUCUUUCUUUUUUUGUUUUUCUUUCAUUUUUGUUUUUUCUUUUUCUUCUUUCUUUCUUUCUUCUUUUUCAUUUUUCUUUCUUUUUUGUUUUCUUUUUUGUUUUUCUUUCAUUUUUGUUUUUUUCUUCUUUCUUUCUUUCUUUCUUUCUUUUUGUUUUUUGUUUCUUGUUUUCUUUUUCUCUUUUUCUUUUUCUCUUUUUCUUCCUUUUUUCUUUUUUCUUUCUAUUUUUUCUUUUUUUUAAUAUCUAAAAAACUCUCACUUGUUCUCUGUCCCGCACUUUCCCACCUUUCUUUUUCUUGCUGGCUAACUUACAUAUUUCCUCUCCUAAUAAUAUUGCUUUCCUUCUUUCUAUCUAUCUAUCUAUCUUUCUUUCUUUCUUUCUUUCUUUCUUUCUUUCUUUCUUUCUUUCUUCAUUCAUUCAUUCUUUGUUUCAUUUGGCUUUUGAAACUUACUCCCUUUCUCUUUCACUUAUUCCCUUUUCUUUCUUUUUUCUUUCUUUCUCUUGUCCAUCUAUCAUUAUUCCUUCUAUUCUCUUUCAAUCUUCCCUUUUCUUUCUUUCUUUCUUUCUUUCCUUCUUUCUUUUGUCCAUCUAUUAUUAUUUAUUCUAUUCUCUUUCAAUCUUCCCCUUUCUUUCUUUCUUUCUUUCUUUCUUUCUUUCUUUCUUUCUUUCUUUCUUUUUUGUGUCCAUCUAUUCUUGUUCCUUCUCUUCUCUUUCAAUCUUCCCCUUUCUUUCUUUCUUUCUUUCUUUCUUUCUUUCUUUCUUUCUUUCUUUCUUUCUUCCAUCUAUUCUUAUUCCUUCUCUUUCUUUCUUUCUUUCUUUCUUUCUUUCUUUCUUUCUUUCUUUCUUUCUUUUGUCCAUCUAUUCUUGUUCCUUCUCUUCUCUUUCAAUCUUCCCGCUUCUUUCUUUCUUUCUUUCUUUCUUUCUUUCUUUCUUUCUUUCUUUCUUUCUAA